AUGGGUUAAAAAAGAGUGAGAGGAAGAUCCCUCUCCCUUUGUUCCUCCUUACCUAAGGUUGGCAUGAAGACAAAGUAAUGUGGAAAUGACUGACAGAUGCGUGCUCAGUGACGAGAACGUUCUAACAUCAUAUCUCUUUAGACUUUUCAUUGAUUGCACUGCCAGGGGCCCAGGAGAGAAUGAAAAGGAGGCUAAACAUUCAUGAUUGACUUUUGUCCUAAGGAUAUGGAAUUUGAAGAAGACCCAAGAAAUCACUGAGAAAUGUUCUUCACUCAUAAGUUUGCUUUCUCUCCCAGAGACCAGAACGAGAAAAGAAAGAAAAUGAAAUUGUCUCUCUUCUCUUGUGACCCAGAAAUGCAUUCCCUCCUAUUCAUUCUCACAAUUUUCUUGGUUAUUCCAACUAUUAAUAAUGUGGGCCCUGCAUCAGGCUCUGCUCCUCUCAUUGCCAUUGAAGGAUAUCAAGGCAGAGGGAUCCGAGUGGUCUGUCGAUCCAGAGGCUGGUACCCAGAGCCUGAAGUCCUGUGGAGAGAUAACAGUGGGAGGCCUCUACCUUCAUUGGCUAAAAAGCUUUCCCAGAUGAACGAUGGGUUACUUGAAGUACAGAAUGAGAUCAUUGUAACAGGAAAUUCAAAUCAGAACUUGACCUGUGUGGUCAGGAACAACCUUCUCAACCAGGACCAAGAAUCAACUAUUCAAAUAGCAAGUCACUUCUUCCUAAAGUUUUCUCCCUGGAUAGUCGGUCUGAGUGUAUUGCUAAUAAUGUCUGUGCUUGCCUUCACUACAUUUAUUCUUUACCUGUUGGACAGAAACAGAAAGCUCGACGCAGAUUUGAGUUGGAGGAACUUGGUGAUGCCAAUAGAAAAAGCAAACGUAACUCUGGAUCCAGACACGGCAAACCACGACCUGAUCUUGUCUGCAGAUCGGAAGAACGUCAUCCAAGGGUUCAUGUGGCACAGCCUGCCUGACAACCCUGAAAGAUUCAAUGCUGAUCGCUGUGUGUUGGGAGUGGAGGGAUUUUCCUCAGGGAGGCAUUACUGGGAAGUGGAGGUGGCAGACACAGGGUACUGGGCUGUGGGGGUAGCUAGACAGUCUGUGAGGAGGAAGGAGAGGCUCAGCCUUGUCCCCGAAGAAGGAAUCUGGGCUGUGGAGAAGUCUCGGAUCCAAUAUCAAGCUCUCACCAUUCCAGAGACUCCUCUGUUUCUGCGGAAGAGACCCCGGAAACUUGGGGUUUACUUGGACUAUGAGAUGGAACAAGUGGCAUUUCAUGAUGUCAGUCACAAGAUGCACAUCUACACGUUCCCCUCAGCCACUUUUAAUGGGGAGAUGAUCUACCCUUUCCUGCAUGUGGGGGUAGGCUGCUGGCUUAGGCUGUGCCGCUGACACAUUCCUUGCUCAAGGACUGAUGGGCAAACUAGGAGCUUUAUCGCACCAGCGUUAUACUGUGCAAUCACUGCGAAUUGCAUGCAAAGGACUCCGAAGUUUUCCAGUUUAUAAUCUGCUUUGACUGUGAAGUACUCCCAUGCAUCCUGCUUUAAUUGUGCUAUAAAGGGAAAAGAAUCGAGGUAUUUUGGUACUAGUUUUCGAGCGAAUCAUUUGUUGUUUUCCAAGCAGCCACUUGGGGGCGCAGGAGCAAGAUUUGAUAUGUUUAAAGAAAAAUUAAACAAAUGCUUACAUCUGUGUAAACUUUAAAGAUAAAGAUAUCAAAAUUGGCACAGUAAUAGAUAUUAAGGAGAGCUUUAAGCAUACCAAAUUUGAAUCAGAUUGGGUCAUCCGUUGAUUUUUUUGUGAUUUUUUUACAUUUCCCCCCUUAAACCCUUUGCAAAGGAUCUUAGGAGUGCUUCCGCUCGGGGUGUGAUUUAGCAACAACAACAACGCCAACAGCUUAGCGCUGUAGGGGAUAAUAAACAGGUAUGUGGGAUGAAGCUAUAGAUGUGAUCCGGCUAUUGUUCUACAUUUCUCACAGCCAGCCCAAAACUUCAGCAGAGUGCGGUGGCUGCUUCAGGCACUGAUUUUGGGUGACAUGAAGGGCAGCAAAUUGUAGUUUGUGAUUUAUUACUAUUGCAUUUUUACUGCCAGAGAGGGGGAAAUAGGGGGAGGGGUUUGCCCCAGGUGCCAAAAUAAUUUGGCCUUUUGAUACUUCGCAUCUUAAUGUGGGAAGAGGCGGGGCAUCAUUGGCUGCUCUGCCAUGACAGGUUGACUGUAGUGCUGUGCCAAAAAUUUAUCCCAUGAGAAUUUCGAGCAUUCUCAUUCAAUGUGGUAGAAAAGAAAUUGCCUUUGAAAAGAAAUUCAAAAGGAGAAGAAAUUUCAGAGAAAUUCUUGUGGGUUUGGCUCAGGGUCCUUGUGCUUACCUUACUUAUGUGACAGCUGAGGAGUGUGUGUGAGUGUCCUGUCUUUCAUCAUGCAGUCAUCUCUCUGACAGCCCGUAACCUUCUUGCCCAGGGGAAGACAUCAUGGAAUUUUAUUCCUCUCAUGGGUCCUUUUCAGAUCAGGAAGUUCAGCUUGAAUAUUUGUAAUUAAAUUCAAAUAUUACAAAAUGCCAUAA